AUCUUUGGAGGAGGCAAACAUUUCCUCACCUUGUCCACCUGUUUCUUUUGUUAACCUACACAUCAGGAUGGGAGUUACUGUGGCUCUUUGUGACAAGCCUGCAGGCGUCCUGUAAGUGACAGACCCCGCUGGUUGCUUGAUGAGCAGGCCAAGGAAGGAGGAGGAGGAACCAUGAUUGACCUGAGCUACCUGACGGAGGAGGAGCAAGGGGUGAUUAUGACGGUGAUGAGGAGGGACACCGAACUGCUGAAGGCCGAGGAGGAGAGAGUCAGGAAACUGGAGAAAAUCCCUCACAGUGUGUCGCAGUUAGACACCGAGCUGAAGUACCGAACUGGAGAGUGGUUUUAUGAGGCCAAGUCUCGCAGACACAUGGACAAGAUCCACGGCUCGGAGAUCAUCCUGGCCUCCAUGAAACAGAGGAGUGCUAGUUUAGAUAGUUCUCCCAUAAUUGAAAGAGCCAAGACGCCCAGCAAGCGAGGUUCAGACAUCGCCACUCCACCAAAACCAGCCAGAUGUUUGGAAGCCCUGCAGCCGCAGGAGAUCAACGAUGCAGAAAAAGAGAUUCUAAAUUCAGCGGUCUGCUCUCCAAGAACGCCAAGGCACAACCCUUUCAACCUUGCUUCCCUUGUUGUUGAACAACCGGAAAAUAAUGAUUACAUGUCAACCAGUCGGGACCAGGAGUCAUCUGAGACGGAGCCCAUAUAUCCACUGAAGAGCCACCCAGCAGAGAGCAGUCAGACUUCAGGGGCCUCCCUCACAUCAGAGGGCUCUUCUGUAGGCUUCAGGCCAGUGCCAAAGAGUAGGACAUUUCGCUCAAAACAUACCUCCAGUCAGUCAGAAAGCAACAGCCUGGCGUCAGACGCUCUGGGAGAGACACCAGGGAUUGUUCCCACCCCAAGACGGAGCCUAAUACGAGGGUCCAACUCUAACCAGUCUGACCUGAAGGGCCAAAAUGUCAUACCGCAGAAAAGUGUUGUUUCUUAUCAAGUAUUUCAAUCAGCUCCGCCAUCCAAACCUCAAGAUGAAAACUCCCAGCAGCCACUCUGUGAUGCAUCUCAACUUUUGUCUAAUUCCAUUGUGAAGAGAGAAAGAAACCCAUCUUCGAAAACAAAAGACAGCCUUGCCACAUACACCAGGAAUGAUGCAUCCACUAACAGAGAGAUCCUACAGAGGAGCGAUGAACGAGAUGAUGACGUUGUCCUGCACACAGCCAGCAUUCAGGAUUCAAACAGAGAAAACAAUAGCAGUGUGGGUACAGCAAGGAGGCAGGAUGAUCUGAGUCUGCCCCAAAGCCCUGUGGAUCCAGAUCGCCCAAUGUCUUAUGCUCUCAACUUAAUUGAUAAAUCUGAUCAGCAAGCCCAGAAGAAAUCAAAUAAAAAACAUGCAUUUCAAUUAUCCACUCAGACCACCAGUCCCACUGGGGAUGAGGAGGACUCCAUCGCUAAGGUGCUGGACUGGUUUAGCCGCAGCACAGAUAGCCUUGAUUGGCCAAAGACUGAAGAUGAUCCAAAAGCCAAGCAGAGCUUUGAUAAACAUAAAGAAAUCAACAAAUCAAAAGGCGAAGGUUCAUUUAGAAAAUAUUCUGGGCAUAUUAUAAGUGACAGAAAGAAUGAACUUCUUAAUAUAAGAAUAAAUCACUUACAAAUACAGUCCAAUGAAGCUAUCGAGUUAGGAUCAACAGACAGAGACACACAAGAAACCCAAGAAGAUGUAGAGAAAGACGCCAGAGAAAGAAUUCAGUCGCUGGAAGUUGAAGAUAAUGACGAUGGAAGGCAAUCAGCCCAAAUCUCUCAUCUGAAGUCAUUCUGGGACAAAAGCAACACGGGACAUAAAAUACUUAUCAUCAAAGAACAAAUACCUGUUCACAUCUCAGCGGAGCAAGACAAGGACAAAGUAAGCAAACCACACAUAGCGCCUUAUAUGCCCACUAUGCCUGGAAUUUCCAACAAAAAGGGACUUUAUGAUCAGUCUGCUUCAAAUCCUGGGGACGCAAGAGAACAACAGCAAGAUACUGGAGACAGUCUGGUGAUCAAUUUUUCAACUCAGAGGAACAAAAAUGACUCAACAUACAACUCAGAUUAUUUACAGUUAGCAGCCAGUCCCCAAGUAGAUGACAGAAGAGGUUCAGACACUGAGAUUUUAUCUGUAAACAGAAUUAGUCCACAGCCAUGGACACCCUUUCAGUCCAGUGCACGACCUGACAGUAUUUCCCAAUCUAGAGACAAACUGUCAAAUACUAUUCCUGUGUCUCACCUGGAUACAGAUCCAGGCUCUGAGAGGUUCCAUUUGUCCAGAAACAGCCCAUAUAUGAACGAAAGGCAAAUCACCCCUAAAACACAAAUGCUUAGAGGUUCAAGUGAAGACACACAGACGACGGACAAAAGCAUGGAAUCAAGCAUGUCUCUCAAACAAAAGGAGGGUACAUCUAACAAAGACAUAAUGAACAACACUCCCACAUACAGACAAGGUCAACCACAACCUGAAAGUACUGCAGAGAAGAUAAAGAAGCUCAGGUCUUUCUGGGAGCAGGAGAAAAAGGCUCCAUUUUACAUCGGCAAAUCCAAACCUCGUGGUGAUGGUAAAGUUGGUUGUGGUGCAAAUCAAUCCAAACUGAGUAAAAGAUUUACAAAGUCGGAGUACGAUCUGACAUCAUUGGACAUGAUUGGAAAUGAUUCAGGCAGCGAUGAUGAACAAUCUGAUAGAAAUGAUCACAAUUUUACUAUUCUUCCUUUGAAUCAGACAAUAGACAAGAUGUCCACGAUCCAAAGCACAUACAGAACACAAUUUAAUAAUCUCCGUGAAUUCUGGGAUGAGGCCAAGUCAGAUACCAUGGGAUCAUCUUCCCUCGACAAACCCAAAAGCCCCAAAAAGAAGGAACCAAUAAGUGCCCAGCUUUCAUCUCAGGGGUUAAAGUGUGGUGACCCUGAGAAUUACUGCGUAUCAGAGAAUCCAAGACCUGCUGCCAUGAAAUCACCUCCACCUCUUCCAAAUCGAUCAAAGUUACCUCAUGAUAGACAGACAGGGUCAAGAGUAGUGAAUGAUGGCAAAAACAACCUCUCCAAUUAUGCGACAGCUGAGUCCAAAAGGAGCUCAAAAGAUGCAAAUAUUGAGGAGAAACCCCUAAAAUCCCCAAGCAGUUCAGGAAAAGAGUUCAAGUCUCCAAAGAGCAGAAAAGACAGCUUCGGCAGAUCGAGCAGUCGUGGAAAUUCCAUGUGUCGCGCUACUAGCAUGUUUUCUCUGAGUGAUCCUGAUGAAAAGGAGCAUAAAAUGUAUGUAAGCCCUGUCCACUCCCAGAGCAGAAAGCAGAGGCAGAACGCCGAAAAAGGUGCCCCGCCAAGAAGACCAGCUGAGGAAACUGAGACUUUGACUCCACGUGCACGGGCAUAUGUUCCCAGAGACUACCGUCAUUACCUGGGCAUGACAGAUGAGACCACUUCGCACAACUAUCUCGCCCCGGCUGUGAUGGAUGAGGGGUCAGGAGGAAAGUCUGGGUAUGAAUUUGAUCUGGAUGGGCCGGUGAGGGCCAGCACUCCUGUGAGCUUGGAGGAGUGUUGCAGGGGGGGGGGUGGCAAGGCAAGUCAGCGGACCCUGUGGGCAAACUACAGCAGUUCAGACGCAGGUCAGGAAUCUUCUGUGAGCAGCACGUCAGAAACUUGGUCCAACUCGAGGAACAGUUCAAACCGUGAGAAUGAUGUUGAACGGCAAAACCUUGUCAGGAAAGCAUUGCUGAGAGCAGAAGCAAGGCCAAAAAAUCUAACUAAAAGUAUGGAGGACAUCACAGCAUCUUUAUCGCCACGUGAGCAUGUCCUCAACCUCCAAGUCAGAUUUCCAUAUAUACGCAGACAUAUUUUUGGGGAUUGUGGUUUCUUUGGUUUGUUGUUCACAGGACAAGAAACAAGAAAAGACCCAACUGCUGACAUGAGACACAUUAGUUAUGUUUCAUCCAUCCCGUCGCCGUCAUCAUCCUCAUUUUCGGAUCCGGAGCACCUGAAAAAGAUGAGCAAGUCGGUUCCUUCGUUUUUACAGAAGGAGGACCUUGGCAGAGACAUGGAUUCCACCUGCGAGGACAGUGACCAACCAGGAAGACUAAUGCAGUCCAGCUCCUUGAAUAACCUCACCGACUCCUCUGGCAUGUCGUCUUUGUCUUCUCUGAGUGGAAGUAUGCUGACCAUGUACAGCGCGGAUUUUGGGAAUGUGGACGUUCAGGGAAAUAUCCAGUUCUCCAUCAACUACAUCCAGAAGCUCAGAGAGUUUCACAUAUUUGUGACUAAGUGCCAAGACCUGGCUGCAGUCAACCCAAAGAGGGGCCGUUCUGAUCCGUAUGUCAAAAGCUACCUGUUUCCUGACAAAGCUAAUUUGGGAAAGAGGAAAACAUCUGUGAAAAAGAAGACACAAAAUCCAACUUUCAACGAGAUCCUCCGAUAUCGUGUUCGCAUGGAGUACCUCAGAACCCAGACGCUCAUUCUCUCUGUUUGGCAUCACGACACCUUUGGCAGGAACAGUUUCCUGGGCGAGGUAGACGUGAACCUCUACAAGUGGGACUUUGACCACACCCAGAUGAACUACUUAGCCCUGAAAGCAAGGACCUCAUCCACUCUGGCGCCAUUACAUGGUCAAGGAGAGAUGAGACUAGCCAUACGUUUCCUGCCAGAGAUCAUCCACAGUGAAGGAUUAAUUAAGGAUGGUCCAAACACUGGAGAAGUUCACAUUUGGGUGAAAGAAUGCAAGAACUUGCCUCCAAUCAGGGCCACUAUCGACCCAUAUGUUAAGUGCUUUGUGCUGCCGGACAUAAGCAGGAAGAGUCGCCAGAAGACGCGUGUGCUGCGGAGGACAGUAGACCCAGCGUUUAACCAUACGAUGGUGUACGAUGGUAUCAGACAGGCCGAUCUAUCAGAAGCCUGCGUGGAGCUCACUGUCUGGGACCAAGACAGGCUGGCCACCAAUCUGCUGGGGGGCCUGAGGCUUGGAGUUGGAAAAGGCAGAAGUUACGGAGCAGUGGUGGACUGGAUGGACUCGACUCCUCAUGAGGUGGCCCUGUGGGAGCGCAUGAUGGCCUCCCCGAAUGAAUGGGUGGAGGACGUACUCCCAUUAAGAGUGCUGAACUCGUCAAAAACUCAUUUAAAAUAACUAAAAGUUGUGCAAAGACAGUAUAAAAACACUGUCAAUUAACAGUUUUAAACAUUUAAAUUCAGUUUGGUAAAGCUUAAUGUGUUAGCAAGGGAAUAUUAACAUUUACUUUUUGUUACUGCUGUUUGCUAUUACAUUUGGGUUAAUAUUAGCCCUACAUAACGACCCUGAUAAUUUAAUUAUUAUUAAGCACCAUCAUUUAGUCAACAUUUCUUCAAUGGUGAUGAAAGAGAUAGAGUACUUUAUUAAUCCCAGCAGAACAUGUUACUUUUUCAAUCAAGGUGACAAAAAACACAAAGUUACACAAGUUGCUGCAACAGGCUGCCACUUGAGCAGGAUAUGUAUACAACACAUAUUCCCAACAUUCACAUUGUGCCAAAUGUUAGCAUGCUAACACGCUAAUGGUGAACAUGGUAAACAAUAUACGCAUAUAACAUCUGCACUUUGGCCCUGUCAAUAUGCGCAUGUUAGCAUGCUAAUGUUAGCAGUUAGCUCAAAGUACCAUUGUGUCGUGCUUCAUUUCCACUGCAUUGAUGGCGCUGCAGUGCAUUUUUUUAAAUGGCAGCCCCCAGGACAACGCCAGGUGCUACACUGGCCGCAAAAUGGACAAAGGUUUGGUUGCUGAUGAGAGGACUCAGCAAGUACCCUGCUGAAGAUGAUGUCGCUGUAGUUUUGGUUGGCUGUCGCUCAUGGGGGAGUGUAGUCGUCCCGUAACCACAAGGUACCCGGUUCAAUCCACGCUCUCCCCAUUGCAUGUUGAAGUGCAAGACACUGAAUCCCCAGUGGCUCGCCAGCACUUCACUGCAGCCCACUGCUCCUUAAUAACUAAGGAUGGGUCAAAUGCAGAGAAGAAUUUCCCCAUGGGGAUCAAUUAAAGUGUACAUUUCUUUCUUCUUUUCAUGCAGUGUUGCUACAAUAUCAUUCACAGAAUCCUGCCUACAGUGAGGGACAGCGUUGCCAGAUGUGCAAUGAUUAUUUUACUUGAUCAAUCAUGUUUACCUAUACGAUGUUCAAUUAAUAAUACAAAAAGUGCCAUAAUGUAUAAUAAUUUGAGCAUUUUUUGACGCUUUCAUCAGUAGUUGGUUUUGGUCUGCACUCUCUCAUUUUAUCCGGAUCGUGAAAUAUGAAUCCUACAUCUGUCUUUAUGAAACCUCUUCUCACAUGACCUCUUUCCAGCCAACCAUGCUUUGUGUAAACAGUUUGUGACUGGCGAGCACAGCUGUUCUUCUCUCUCCCCGCCUCUCAACUCUAAUUUGCUAUUACAAAAACUGAUGGAUUCAAGAACACACAGCCUCUUCACCACAUCCAACUAUAUCUGCUUGCUUAAAAAAAAAUUACAAAUGUUGGUAGUUAUGUAGGCCUUGUUAAAAAGUUUUUUUAAAUACACAUUAAUAACGUUUUGCUAUUGUGGACGUGAUCAUUUUUCUGAUGAUAGACAAUAGGAUAAUAUUUAGACUUCCAUCAGGCAACGGUUACCGAAUAGGUAUAAUCCACAGUGGAAAACCAAAUAUACACCCCUGGUGCACCAUGUUAUUCAAAGCUAUUCAUCUUUUGUUAGAAAGAAAGUAAGAAAAUCAGCUUCUUUCCAAUUUUGGUGAACCAACCCUGUGAAUUGUAAGCAUAGAUAACUGCUGACUACAUUGUUUUUUACACCAAAAAAUGAAACCGGAAGUAAAGAGGUAACAUUUAAUGAUAACAAUUCAUGAUAGUCCUGUUCAAUUUCCCAGUGACUUGUUUUAAUAUGUCACCAACCUAGUUAACAUUAUAGAGUCUCAAAGUGGGAUAAAGAGAAACGAAUAGUUAAAAUGACAUUGCAGUCAAUGACCACAAGAGGACUGCUGUUGCUUGGAUGAUGCACCUGUGUGAGAAAAAAAGACAAGCAGAAUCAAGACUUUUCAG